GCGCGUGUACACACGCAGGGGGCUGACAGCCUGCUACUCGGAGACUUCGGCCAGGGUCGGUGUUAUCUGGUAGAAGUGGGCGUGUCGGAGAAUGAACUCAACAGCUGAUAUUCACUGAUGGACCCCAAGGAAUCAUUAAGCCCCCCCAGUAGAGAAGAAAUCCCCAGCAGUGUGCUUGGUCGAGAGAGGGGAAGUGUGAUGGACUUCUAUAAAACCCUAAGGGGAGGAGCUACUGUGAAGGUUUCUGCAUCUUCACCCUCACUGGCUGCUGCUUCUCAGGCAGACUCCAAGCAGCAAAGACUUUUGGUUGAUUUUCCAAAAGGCUCCGGAAGCAAUGCGCAGCAGCCAGAUCUGUCCAAGGCAGUUUCACUCUCAAUGGGACUGUAUAUGGGAGAGACAGAGACAAAAGUAAUGGGAAAUGACCUGGGAUUCCCACAGCAGGGCCAAAUGAGCCUUUCCUCUGGGGAAACAGACUUUCGGCUUCUGGAAGAAAGCAUCGCAAACCUCAAUAGGUCGACCAGUGUUCCAGAGAACCCCAAGAAUUCAGCAUCAGCUGCUGCCUCUGCUGCCCCCACAGAGAAGGAGUUUCCAAAAACUCACUCUGAUGUAUCAGAACAGCAAAAUUUGAAGGGCCAGACUGGCACUAAUGGGGGUAAUGUGAAGUUGUAUACCACAGACCAAAGCACCUUUGACAUAUGGAGGAAAAAACUCCAGGAUUUGGAGUUUUCUUCUGGGUCCCCAGGUAAAGAGACAAGUGAGAGCCCUUGGAGCUCAGACCUCUUGAUAGAUGAAAACUGUUUGCUUUCUCCUUUGGCAGGAGAGGAUGAUCCAUUCCUUCUGGAAGGAAACUCAAAAGAGGACUGUAAGCCUCUUCUUUUACCGGACACUAAACCUAAAAUUAAGGAUAAUGGAGAUCUGAUCUUAUCAAGCCCUAACAGUGUGCCACUGCCCCAAGUGAAAACAGAAAAGGAAGAUUUUAUCGAACUCUGCACCCCUGGAGUAAUUAAGCAGGAGAAACUGGGCCCAGUUUAUUGUCAGGCCAGCUUUUCUGGAGCAAAUAUAAUUGGUAAUAAAAUGUCUGCCAUUUCUGUUCAUGGUGUGAGUACCUCUGGGGGACAGAUGUACCACUAUGACAUGAAUACAGCAUCCCUUUCUCAACAGCAGGAUCAGAAACCUAUUUUUAAUGUCAUUCCACCAGUUCCUGUUGGUUCAGAAAAUUGGAAUAGAUGCCAAGGAUCUGGAGAUGAUAACUUGACUUCCUUAGGGACUUUGAACUUCUCCGGUCGAUCGGUUUUUUCUAAUGGCUAUUCAAGCCCUGGAAUGAGACCAGAUGUGAGCUCUCCUCCAUCCAGCUCCUCAGCAGCAACGGGACCACCUCCCAAGCUCUGCCUAGUGUGCUCUGAUGAAGCUUCGGGAUGUCAUUAUGGGGUCUUAACUUGUGGAAGCUGUAAAGUAUUCUUCAAAAGAGCAGUGGAAGGACAGCACAAUUAUCUUUGUGCUGGAAGAAAUGACUGCAUCAUUGAUAAAAUUCGAAGAAAAAACUGCCCAGCAUGCCGCUAUAGAAAAUGUCUUCAAGCAGGAAUGAACCUGGAAGCUCGAAAAACAAAGAAAAAGAUAAAAGGAAUUCAGCAGGCCACUACAGGAGUCUCACAAGAAAGUUCUGAAAAUUCUGCUAACAAAACAAUAGUCCCUGCAACGUUACCGCAACUCACCCCUACCCUGGUGUCACUGCUGGAGGUCAUUGAGCCGGAGGUGAUAUAUGCGGGCUACGACAGCUCCAUUCCAGAUACAACUUGGCGGAUCAUGACUACACUCAACAUGUUAGGUGGGCGGCAGGUGAUCGCAGCGGUGAAAUGGGCGAAGGCGAUACCAGGAUUCAGGAACCUACAUCUGGAUGACCAAAUGACCCUACUGCAAUAUUCAUGGAUGUUUCUCAUGUCAUUCGCCCUGGGGUGGAGAUCAUAUAGACAAUCAAGUUCAAACUUGCUGUGUUUUGCUCCUGACCUGAUUAUUAAUGAGCAGAGAAUGGCUUUACCCUGCAUGUAUGACCAAUGUAAACAUAUGCUAUAUGUUUCCUCUGAGUUAAACAGACUUCAGGUAUCUUAUGAAGAGUAUCUCUGUAUGAAAACCUUACUGCUUCUCUCUUCAGUUCCUAAGGAAGGUUUGAAGAGUCAAGAGCUGUUUGAUGAAAUUAGAAUGACCUACAUCAAAGAGCUAGGAAAAGCCAUUGUCAAGAGGGAAGGAAACUCCAGUCAGAACUGGCAGCGGUUUUACCAACUGACAAAACUCUUGGACUCCAUGCAUGAUGUGGUUGAAAAUCUCCUUAACUAUUGCUUCCAGACAUUUUUGGAUAAGACCAUGAGUAUUGAAUUCCCAGAGAUGUUAGCUGAAAUCAUCACCAAUCAGAUACCAAAAUAUUCAAGUGGAAAUAUCAAAAAACUUCUGUUUCAUCAAAAGUGA